AUUUUCGUUCUGUUUUUGUGUUUUUCUUCAAAAGAAAGUGACAAUUCGGAAGUGUUAACGAAUGAAAUGUCAAAAUAAUUUAGUUUGUGUAUAUUUUGUACAAUUUGGAUUAAAAAAAGGAAGCGAACACAUUUAUUGUAGUGAAUCAUCAUAAUGGGAGCAACACCAGAGGAGAAAUCUCAUAGCAAUGAGGAAAAAAACAUAAAUGAAAAAAACAAUGCCAGCAACAACCUACCAAAGAUUCUACCUGCCUUGAGUGCUAAAGAUGGCAAAGAAGACAGCGAAGGUAUUCGUAGUCCUGAUACUAUGGAAGGGCAAGUCAAGAAAAUCCCCUACCCGAAGUCCGUAGGGUUCAUUAUCAGUAAUGAAUUCUGUGAACGAUUCAAUUACUAUGGAAUGCGAACAAUAUUGGUUCUAUAUCUCAACCGAGAACUCGGCUACAGCACUGAUUCGUCAACUGUCAUCUUUCACAUAUUCACAAUGUUUGUGUACUUCCUUUGCAUUUUGGGAGCCAUAUUAGCUGACAGUCUUUUGGGAAAAUUCAAGACAAUUCUAUACCUCUCCAUGGUUUACGUUUGCGGAUCGGUGUUGGUUACUUUGGGAGCUGUUCCAACAUGGCAUCUACCAGCCACAACAUUCACAAUGCUUGGACUUGCUUUAAUAGCUUUGGGUUCGGGUGGUAUCAAACCGUGUGUAUCGGCUUUUGGCGGUGAUCAAUUCAAAAUGCCAGAACAAGUGAAACAAGCUGCCACAUUUUUCUCACUCUACUAUUUUGCCAUCAAUGCUGGUUCAUUGAUCUCAACGACUGUCACACCAAUUCUACGUGAAGAUGUUCGUUGUUUUGGAAAACAGGAGUGCUACUCGCUGGCAUUUGCAGUUCCAGCAGUUCUGAUGAUUCUUUCCAUAAUUAUUUUCGUUCUUGGUCGUCCAUUGUAUAAAAUCAGACCUCCAGCAGGCAACGUUGUAGUCCUGGUUUGCAAAACCAUUGCUAAUGGAAUUUCAACUUAUUUCAAAGAACGUAAAACAAAUCCACGAGAACAUUGGUUGGACCAUGCCGACAAAAAGUACGACAAACAACUUAUUGCCGAUGUUAAAGUAUUGUUGCGAGUUUUGUUGUUGUAUGUUCCAUUGCCGGUUUUUUGGGCAUUAUUUGACCAACAAGGUUCAAGAUGGACCUUCCAGGCAACUCGAAUGAAUGGUGAUUUUGGAGGAUUUACCCUGAAGCCCGAUCAAAUGCAAAUGCUGAAUCCUUUAUUGAUUUUAAUUUUUAUUCCACUUUAUGAUGUGGCAUUUUAUCCAUUGCUUAAUUUGGUUGGAGUAAGACGGCCAUUGCAGAAAUUGACAGCUGGUGGAAUUUUGGCUGGAAUUGCGUUCACAAUAUCGGGACUAAUCGAACUGAAGUUAGAGACCACAUACCCAGUUCUGCCAAAAGCAGGUGAAUUUCAAAUGCGUAUAUUCAAUGGAGUGCCGAACUGUGAUUUCACAUUCAAAACAAACCUGACUGACUUUUCGGAAUUUACUGUCAAAUCCAUGGAACAUUUUGAAGAAAAACACAUUUAUGCAAAUGCCAUUAACUUUGACACUGUCACUAAAUCUUCACCUGAUUGUCCCGAUCUCCCCACUGGUUUGCUGAGUUUAAACGAUAAGACAGCUCAUAGCUUUUUCAUUAAAUCCAACGGAAUAGGACUGUUAUAUUACGUAGAUGAAGUUGAUAAACCUGACCGUGGAAAUCCAGUAGUGCGAACGUUGGCAAAUGUCAAUGGCAUAAAAACUGUCACAUGGAAGGAAAUCAAAAGAGGAUACCAAGCCUACACGAACACAACCGAUUUCUAUCCUCUGUUCGAGUUUAAGCCAACAGAGUACGCUGUAAGCGUUGACGGCAAAGAAGUUUUGAAAACAAAAUUAAAACAAGGUGGCGUUUAUACUUUGGUAAUUGGGGAAGAAUCGGAUGGAAACUACAAAACGAAGCUUUUCGAAAUAGCUGAGCCAAAUUCGGUUAAUAUUCUGUUAUUGAUUCCACAAUAUGUUGUAAUGACUUUAGGAGAAGUCAUGUUCUCAGUGACUGGAAUCGAGUUUUCCUAUUCCCAAGCUCCGGUUUCUAUGAAAUCUGUAUUGCAAGCUUGUUGGUUAUUGACAGUAGCGUUUGGAAAUGUCAUUGUGGUUAUAAUAGCUGAAUUGAAACUGUUCGAGUCUCAAGCAUUUGAAUUUUUCUUGUUUGCUGGACUUAUGUUCAUCGAUAUGAUUGCGUUUAUGUUCUUAGCUUAUGCUUAUAAGCCAAAUGAUCCCAAUGCAGUGAAUUCAAUAAGUGAAGGAAACACCGAAGAUACAAAGAAUAGUUCAAUGGAUUAAAUCAGUUGUAGACCUAAGUAUUGAUUAAAGUUUAAGGACAUCACACACGCAGCACACAACUUUUAGGGAAUGAGAAGAUCUUCUUUGCACAUGUCGAACAUUUGUCAAUAUUUUGUUCAGCUGUCAAUUUUAGUUUUGACAAAUGUAAAGAUUUGAUUUUUUUUCGUUUGACAUAUUCAAUUUUGAAAUAAUCUGCACACAUGAAAUUGUCCUAACUAGAUUUAAAAUUUGUGAUUGUUGCGUUUUUAUUAUAUAAGUUGCCGUUAAACUUGUAUUUGUAGACCUGUUCGAGAUUGCUCGAGCAGUUUUGUACUGACAUUAAAAUAUUAAUAAAAAAAGAAA